ACGCGUUCCUUCCUUCCCUCCCUCCCUCCCUCCCCUCCCAAGAAACACAAGAGCCAGGCAGCGCUUGCGAGGCUCAAGCGCCGCAGCAAUGUCUCUGGCCCCGUCCAUCCCUUCCAUCAAGGUGAAGGUGGGGCCCGUCUCGGUGGCGCCCCCGCACCGCGCAUGCCGAUCCUUCGCGGUGGUCAGGAGCUCCAAGGCGGAGGGCCCCAUCCGGAGACCCGCGGCGCCCCCGCUGUCGCCACCGCCAAAGACGCCGGCUUUGUCCACUCCUCCCACCCUGUCGCAGCCUCCCAAGCCCGCUGCUCCACCCACGUCGUCGGAGUCGACACCACCGUCUCCUCAGCCGAAGGCGGCUGUGGCCACAGCCCCCGCGGCAGCGCUGCAGAGGCCGCUGGCUGGGGCUGUGACGCUGGAGUACCAGAGGAAGGUGGCCAAGGACCUGCAAGACUACUUCAAGAAGAAGAAGCUGGACGAGGCCGACCAGGGCCCAUUCUUUGGGUUCGUGCCCAAGAAUGAGAUUUCCAACGGAAGGUGGGCCAUGUUUGGGUUUGCAGUAGGGAUGCUAACAGAGUACGCAACAGGCUCUGAUUUUGUUCAGCAAUUGAAGAUCCUUCUUUCCAAUUUCGGAAUUGUGGACUUGGAUUAAUAAUGCCGGGCUUGGUGUUUUCGUUAUGCAUAAGUCUUUUAAAUGUAAUGUACUUAAUUGAUAUGG